CGCGCGGAAAACAUGUUGAUUAAGCGGAGCCUACUCCCAUUCUCUCUGGGCACUUUCGUCAAACACCUUCCGACCGCCAAUCCACCGCCGUCGUUCUCGCCGCUCGGAUUCCGACGAGAAACCUUCUCUACGAAUACAAUCAAAUCCUCUCACUUCCAAACCCUAACUUCCUCUCAGCAGGACCAACUCCGUCUCUACGUAGAUUCGCUUCUUCAAUGGAACCAGAAAAUGAAUUUGACGGCGGUUACGGAGGUGGACGAGGUCAUGGAAAGGCAUGUGGAGGACUCGCUUGCGAUAAUACCUCCGAUUCGGAAUUCUUAUCUUUCGCAUUGUAGCUCUUCGUGUGAUCACCUCAAGCUUGUUGACGUUGGGAGUGGCGCCGGUCUUCCCGGACUGAUCCUAGCCAUUGCCUGUCCUGGUUGGGAAGUUACUCUUAUGGAGUCUAUGAACAAACGUUGCGUUUUCUUGGAGCAUGUGAUUGCUUAUGUUGGUUUGGCCAAUGUUCAAGUUGUCAGAGGAAGAGCAGAGAAUUUGGGGCGGGAUCAAUGCUUCAGAGAGAAAUUUGAUGUAACAGUUGCCAGAGCAGUUGCGGAAAUGAGAGUCUUAGCUGAAUACUGUCUUCCUCUGGUUCGCGUUGGGGGUUUGUUUGUGGCUGCGAAGGGCCACGAUCCUGAGGUAGAAGUUACAAAGGCAGAAAGAGCAAUUGAAAUGAUGGGAGCAUCUGUAUUACAAGUAUGCUCUGUGGAAUCUCACAGUCCGCAUGGACAGAGAACUGCGGUCGUAUGUUUUAAGGCUCGUCCCACACCAAAGAAAUAUCCCCGUGAUCCAGGUACACCAGCAAAACUUCCAUUGUAAAUAUUCAAAUGCGCAUUAUUUCACUAUUUGUUGUAGUUGUUGCCUUUCCUACCCAUCUUCACCAACUUUUGUUAUGGCAACUUGUACGUUGAGAAUUCUAAACUUUUCCUAUUUGUAGUUCGAGUGACUAUUAAGAAAUAAAACUCACCUUUUGA